AUGUGUCGACAGAUCAUGAUCAGACCUCAAGAUCGACUAUUCCAACAUAUUCUUUGGCGUGAUUCACCCGAUGAAGAAAUAAAGGAGUUCGAAUUACUGACGGUGACAUAUGGGGUUAGUUCCGCCCCAUAUUUGGCCAUUCGAUGUCUUCAUGAGCUGGAUACACAAGAAGGUCAUCGAUUUCAACUUACAAAGGGAAUCCUUACAGACGCCACGUAUGUGGAUGACUUAGUCGUUGGUGCUGAUUCUGAAGAGCAAUUAUUGUCACUCCAGAAACAACUUGUUGCCCUUCUGCGUUCCGGUGGGUGUGAAUUGAAAAAAUGGACGAGCAACUGUCCUCUGAUACUGCAGCAAGUGCCACAGGAGGACUGUGCUCAGCAGACGUCAUUCGAUCCAAAAGAGGAUCAGGCUAUCAAGGUUCUCGGUCUAUACUGGGAUACUGAUUCUGACUACUUCGCUUAUCAUACUCGCACUCCGGAACCUCAACUAUCAAAGCGGAAGGUACUAUCCGUUAUCGCUCGAUUAUUUGAUCCAAUCGGUGCCUUGGGCCCAAUGCUUAUGUGGGCAAAGGGGUUCAUGCAGAAGCUUUGGCAUGACCAACUCGACUGGGACACUCCACUACCCGAGAGUCUAAGCACGGCUUGGAACCAGUUUCUGCCGGAGUUACCCAACCAUACAUCAAACGCAUCAUUGAAGGGCUACGCCGCUACUAUUUAUCUACGUGUUGUCCACACCUCUGGAAAUGUGUCCGUUCAUUUUGUGUCUUGCAAGACAAAGGUCGCUCCAAUUAAAACUUCUCAGCUAGAUGAAUCAUCCAUACCUCGUUUAGAACUAUGUGCUGCGUUGUUAUUGGCCCAAUCACUGUUUCACAUCCAAGAAGUUCUCUCAACAUCAAUCAAGAUCUCUCAAAUUCAUGCACUGGUUCCUAAGUGUCACUGGGGUCACGUUCGUACACAUGAAAACCCUGCCGACCCGGCGUCACGAGGACUCCUGCCCGCAACCAUGGCAUCGUCAUCACUACAUUGGAAUGGACCAGAAUUUUUAACAUGUACUGAAGAAUACUGGCCAACGUCAACAUUCACUCCAAUGCCCCUAGAUGAUUUGCCAGAGACCAAAGCCGAUACCACAAUCGUUCUACAAGUCACUAAAAUUCAUCCGUCUAUUGAGCCUAUUCACCGGUUUUCAUCUUUGAUUAAAAUGCAACGAGUUUUGGCUUAUUGUCUCCGCUUUAGUUCUCGAUCUAGACAUCGAUCUGUAUUAGCUGGACCGCUCACUAGAGCAGAGUUGAACAACGUCUUAAUCAUUGCCAUUAAGGAGACGCAAAGGGUAUAUUUUUCUGACUUGUGGAAGCAGCUGACUACAUCGCAGAUGAUAACUCCCGCUUCGCUGGCUCAACUUGCCCCAUUUGUUGAUAAUGACGGACUUAUUCGUGUUGGAGGUCGUCUUCGAUAUUCAGCGUUAACCGAAGAUGCAAAACAUCCAAUUCUUUUGCCACACUCUGCACAUGUCACUAAAUUACUGAUACGUCAUUAUCAUUGA